CAGGUAGUCGACAUAAGUGAGCAAAACACAGCGAAGCACCACGAGCUAAUAACCCGUUUUAUACUUUCAUAAAUCCACAUAUUUCAGGUUUCCUGCUGCAGUGUGACGGGUUGAUGAUCACAUCGAGGAGAGCAGAGAGCGACCAUGGCCCUCGCUGAGGAGCAGCCCGAGAAGCACUGCUGGGUGUGUUUUGCCACUGAGAGAGAUGACCACAGUGCAGAGUGGGUGAGCCCCUGCAGGUGUAAAGGCUGCACUAAAUGGAUCCACCAGUCGUGUCUGCAGCGCUGGCUGGACGAGAAGCAGAAAGGAAACAGUGGAGGAGCGGUGAGCUGCCCGCAGUGUGGCACCGAGUACCACAUCACCUUCCCCAAGAUGGGCCCGUUGGUGUAUUUCCUGCAGCAGGUGGACCGCGCCCUGUCCCGCGCCAGUCCGUUCGCUGCAGUCGGGGUCGUGGUCGGGACGGUGUACUGGUCCGCCGUCACAUACGGGGCUGUGACCGUCAUGCAGGUGGUGGGGCAUAAGAAGGGUCUGUACGUGAUGGAGCGAGCCGACCCGCUCUUCCUGCUCAUGGGUCUGCCCACCAUCCCCGUGGUUCUGGUGCUGGGGAAGAUGAUCCGCUGGGAGGAUUACAUCGUGAGGCUGUGGCAGAGAUACAAGGGGAAGCUGCAGCCAGGUACCAGACGGUAUCUGCCCCGGGUCCCUGCGGACGGGCCAGGAUCAGGAGACCACCUCUCAGUGUCGAGGACACUGUGUGGCGCUCUCAUCUUCCCCUCCAUCGCCAGUCUGAUGGGACGGCUGCUGUUUGGACGGGUGAACGCGAACCUUCAGCGCACUGUUCUG